CGGCGGGACUUCCGGCGUUGCCCGCCCCGGGCUCAGUCCGCCGCGGCGGUGGGCGCGCGCGCCUGGUGGGCGUGCCGGGGCCCGGGCGCCCGCUCUCGAGCCCCACCGGCCGAGGAGGAGCGCGGGGAGCCUGGCGGCGCCUUGCAUGCGCCGGGCCCGCCGGGAUGACUCGCUCGUCCUGAGGCUCCCGCGCCCCGCGCCCCUGGAGGCGGCCUCCCAGUCCUAGGCUCGUUCUGCCGGAGGGAGACCCAACUUCGAAGGUUCCUCGCGGGCCGGCAGUUGCUGCGCCCGGGACGGGGCGGGGGCCGGAUUUCUGCCGAGACCGCCGAGACUCGGCGCGCGUCCUGGUCGGCGUCGGUCGCGGCCACGCUCGGCCCGCAGGUGCCGAUGGCCGAAGAGACGCAGUUGGCUUUUCUGCUCACCUUUGACCCCAAGGCUCAGCUGAAUCCAUCAUCACAGGACCCAGUGACCUUUGAGGAUGUGGCUGUGUAUUUCUCCCGGGAGGAGUGGAGUCUCCUAAAUUCGACCCAGAGGUGCCUGUACCGUGAUGUGAUGCUGGAGAACUUCGCACUCAUCAUCUCGCUGGGAUUUGCACCUUCAAGGGCCCAUGUGGUUGCCCAGCUGGAGGGUGAAGAAGAGCCCUGGGUGCCCAGUAUAGUGGACAUGACUCUGGUCAGCAGAGCAGAGGCUGGGAGGGGUUCCGGUCUUGGUUGUCUGCCUAGACGGACCACCGAGGAAGCCCCUCCCCAGCAGGUGAAGAGCUGCGGAGUGCCUCUGUCAGAGAAGCACCUGCUGUGUGGGGAGUCUGGGAAGGACAUCCCUGCCAUGCUAGGCCACCUGCAGCACUGGGCCACCCAUGGCAAGGGGAAGCCACGCGGGAGCCAGGAGCGCAAGGCGGCCUUCUGGCCUGGCUCCUGUCGCCAGCAGCCACGGGGCGCGGGUGCCGCACAGGAGCCCCUCAGGUGCGGCAGCUGCGGGGCCGCCUUCCAGAGGGCUUUCGCGCUGCUCGACCACCUGGUGACUCGCUGUGCAGAGAGGACCCUCCGGUGCCCCGCGGGUGCACGUGCCCCCAAGGAGCACUCGGCCCUUGUCGGUCACCAGGGAGGCCCCAGGCCGGCGGCGCCGCACGUGUGCACAGACUGUGGGCGCGCCUUCAGCUACCCGUCUAAGCUGAGGAAGCACCAGAAGGUGCACACAGGCGUCAAGCCUUUUGAAUGCGGCGAGUGCGGGAAGACCUUCAACCGCAAGGACGCGCUCGCCCUGCACCGGCGAGUGCACACGGGCGAGCGGCCGCACGCCUGUGGCGAGUGUGGCCGGGCCUUCAGCGUGCUGUCCACCCUCAUCCGGCACCGGCGGGUGCACGUCGGGGAGCGGCCGUUUGCGUGCCGGGAGUGCGGGAAGGCCUUCAAGUACAGCCACAGCUCCGUCCUGCACCGGCGGGUGCACACCGGGGAGCGGCCGUACGCGUGCGAGCAGUGCGGGAGGGCCUACGUGACCCGCUCCGGCCUCUACCAGCACCGCAAGGCGCACACCGGGGAGCGGCCCUACGCCUGCAGCCGCUGCGGGAAGGCCUUCACCACCAGGUCCUACCGCAACCGGCACCAGCGCUUCCACACCGAGGACAGGCCCCACGCGUGCGCCGCGUGCGGCAAGGCCUUUAAGCACAGCUCCACCCUCCUGCAGCACGCGAAGGUCCACGCCGCCACUGCGGCCACGGGCCGGGGCCCGGGGAGGCCUUCACCCACGCCAGCACCCGGUGCAGCACGAGGGCCUCUCUGAGGCUGCACAGGGCCGCACCCCAACACUCAUGCUGGCGGGGGGGCCGGCGUGUGGGUUGCUUGUGGGAGCUGUGCUGUGCUCUGACUUGCCCCGGCUGUGACAGAAGACAUCCCGUGUCUUCCAGCUGGCAGGUCCCCGCGACGUGCACCCGUCUUCCCAGGGCGCUCAGGGCCAGAAGGCCUCCCUGCUCCCCACUCUGUGGAGGACAGAAUCGAGUGGUGGGCCCAUGCCAGGCUCGUCCCCUCCUGACCGGUCAGCUGAGGACAGGACCUUGCUCUGGCCAGGACUAGCUGAGCAGUGUCCACUGGGGGCGUCCAGGGAGGCUUAACGAUUUUCAUGGAUGCUGUUGACACUACACGUGGCGCCUGUCAUGGUUUUGUCCAGCGCCGGAACUGUCCCAAACUGCUCUGCACUGCCCAGCUAUAAAGGCCUUGUUUAAACUGCUCCAAUACCAGGGUUUCUGAUCCCUGUGUGGGGGAUAGGAAACAAAAUUGAACUGAGUAGACGGAAUAGCUUCUAUGCGUGUGCCUGACUUUUGUCUGCCUUAGUGGGGACAGCAGGGUGGCAGGAAACAGCCCCAGUCAAGGACAGCCUAAUUUGCAUUGGGGCGAAACCGCUAGGGAGAGCGUGAAGGGCUCUGUGGGUGAAUUGUGCAGCCUAGACGUGAGCUUUAUUUCUGGUUCUAAACUCACACGGAAGAACGAGAGAGUAGAUGAAAAUCUCCAUGUCUAGGGACACCGUGAGCUGGGCCCUUGUUCCCAGAGGAUGUUCUUCAGCCUCCAGCAUUGGUCAGUCAGCUCAAAAACCAUGGUCUCUGAAAUCUGUAACAUCGAGGUAUGUUCCGGACUGACCGUGAGACCCACAGGGGCCUGUUGGAAAGUAGCUGGGGACAGAAAUACUGAGUGAAGAGAUAAGGAGUGGGGCGUCGUGCACCAGGAGUCUGAGCUGCUGCUACAGAGGCACCUGCAAACAUGCCAGCAGCUGAGGUUUUGUGGGAGAGCGUUGCAGGACUUCUCGAGAAUCACCGACCUGUUCCUUGUGGCCAAGGACCCUGUCAGCAGAUCGUCUGCAGGUCCUCUGAUCCUCUGCUUUCUGGGGCCUGGUCACUCAUGGCCAAGAAAGAUCCUUUAGUCCAGGGGUGUGGCUUCUGUGACCUGGCCAGUGUUCCUGAUGUCCACACACCAUGGCCUUCACUGUUUUUGCUGCCACUGUCCCUGGACUCAAGGGAGAGAAGUGGCUGAAUCAACAUAUGGAUCCAGAUUUGGUUUCUAGGGCCUUCUGAUUUAGAAAACGUUGGAAACAAUUUUUGGAAACAAUUUUUUUCCGAAAGGUAAAUAAAAUGUCAGUUUAGUAAA